AUGACGCAGCUGGAGGAUGAUGAGGAUGAGGUAGUGUCAUCACCUCCGGUGGCGUUGCACCCGUGGCGGGUGGUAUCCGUCACGCAGCAAAAGAAAAAGUCACCACGCCCCUCUUCGUCGCUCGUCCAGGGGCCCAGCUCCAUGCAACCACACUUAGACAACGGUGGCGUACCAAAUGGAGGACAUCUCACGGCAUCGACAGGUGAUAAUGCGAAUGCCGAUGAGAACGUCUCGGUCUCUCAGGAACGUCAACAUCGGCGGCGAAGUCGGCGCAUCACUGUGACUAGUGACGAAGGCCCGGUGCUAAGCCCAAGCGAUAGUGGAGGGAGCAACAUCAAACAUCGCAAGCACCGCAGCAAAAGUCGACGCAAGAGCAGUGGCCACGCGCAAUUGAUGGGAGGCGACAUGGGGCCUCCGUCCAUGGUGAACAAUGACGGCGUGUUGUCAGUGUUGGACGGCGGGGAAACGGACUCUUCACGUGAAAAAGAGGGUGUCGUCGGGAAUAGCCUGGAGUGGUCCUCUGCACGGAAAAACUCAGAGCUUGAAAAAAAGAAGAGAAAAAAGAAACACCACAGCCCGUCACCGCUUAAGGCGACGGAUGUUGAGGACGGUGAGCCAGACAUGGCCAGCAUGGCGUCGAUCAAGCGGCGGAUGUCAGGCCGUGCACCGCAGGCAGGGGAGCUGCAGAGCUGCGUGGCGGGUCCCGCCAGAAACGGCUCCGUCGCGCUCCAGGUGAACGAUGAGUUUAGUGAAGAGACAGCGGUACUGCCGUCGUACAGGGGCGUUCGCAGCCAUGUGUUGUCGUACAAUGGCUCAGCCCGAGACGACGUGUUUGGCGAACCUGGAAGUAAUGCGCGAGAGGACUUCAAUGCCAAUAAUGCCAUGCAGCGUGACGGUUUCGCACUGGUGGUGAUUGUAGAAGAGAAGGCGAAGGAGGAAAGUAGUGGGGACGCCAAGACCCUGCGUGGUGCUUCUCCUUCUCCUUCUGCUUUUGAUCCUGAUUUCCCACGCGGGCAACGACCACGGGAGUUGGAGCAGAUGGGAAGCGACGGCAUCCUUCACCAGAUGGGAGUGAAUGAGGAAAUCGACCAUUCAAUGCCAUGUGUGGUUUCCCCAACAGACGACCUACCGGAGUUACGACACUUAUCAGUGGAGAACUAUUCCCCGAUGGGGGCAUCGCUGUCAACUCUGCACGCUUUUCAGGUGGAAAACGGGAUCCAUAGUGAUAUGGUGCCUGUCCAGAGGAGGUACCAAAAGCAGCCGUGUGCUUCGUGCUGCGUGGAUCGGUCCAACCCAGAUAGCUGGCGGUACAAUAGGCGGCGCCAACACGCAUUUCAAUGGCCGCUUCACUACCUGCAGAUCAUUGCAUUGUCUGUGAUGACACUUGGUGCUGUCCUAUUUUGGACUUCUGUUGUGCCAGGCUACGUGCUGCUCUACAGCCGUGGCGGCCACACAGAAUGCCUGCCAGAUAUGGUGACAUUGGUGGUAUUAACCAGUUCCUCACUUAUAGUGACAUCCGUCCUAUGGGCGAUAAUGUCGUUUCGAGAAAACGGCGAUAUCUCUAAUGAGGGGGAGCCAUGUACGUUCUGCCAGCGUCUUACCCAUAUCGACUCAAGGCACUGCAAAGCGUGCAAUAAGUGUAUCAGUGGAUUUGAUCAUCAUUGCAAGUGGUUGAACACAUGUGUCGGAUCAAAAAACUACCGCGUCUUUAUUGGCUUCGUCGUUUCUGCUCUUCUCAGCAUAACACUUGCAUUUACCUCUGGUGUUGUUUUGCUGUCUCGAUGGUGGGCGCACUUGGCGAUGUACUCUUGGUAUUUUCGCGUCGGCCCCCUUGUGCUCUCCACGAUUACGUUCUUGACGAUACCACCCCUUCUCCACCUGCUGUGCUUUCACAUCAUGCUGUAUUUUCUGCGUAUGACGACGUUCGAGUAUAUUAUGAAGCGACGGCAGAUACUGCAGGACCCGCGAGAACAGGCGACCCCCUCCGAUAGUGAUAAGGAGCUCUACAGCAACUAA